AUGCGGUUAAUAUCUGGUACAAUAAAAUCCACUCCGACCCAAUGGCUUCCGCUACUAAGUUUUAUACCACCUCCAGAACUACGACGGCAAAAUGCCUUACUGAAAACCUUUAAGAAGAUACAGAACAACCCUAACUUGCCAAUCCAGAAUGAAAUUGCUGAUGCCAACCGCAAUCGCUUGGGUUCGAGAAACCCGCCAACGAGAACAGCCGAAGAACUGAGGGCAAACGACUUCCAGUUAAACAAUCAGUGGAGCAACAUACAGAAUGAAGCCAUCCCAGCUAUCAGAGACAUGCCCGGUAUAAAUACUACCCCUCCGGGAUUUGACCUACCACGGAAGGUCUGGUCCACUCUAAACAGAAUAAGAACUGGGCAUGGAAACUGUGCAGUCUUCCGGUAUAAAUGGGACCAAACCCAAAGUCCCGAAUGUGACUGUGGUGCAGACAGGCAAACAAUCCAGCACAUUACAACCGAAUGUCCUAUAAGAAGAUACGACGGUGAUCCGGAGGACUUCCUGUGCGCGACUCCAGCAUCGAUUGAAUACAUCUAUAAUUUAGAUAUUAAAUUGUGA